AUGGGUGUCUGUGUCUCAAAGCCCAACAAGAAGCUAAAAUCAAAGGCCAAGAGUUUCUGCAAGUCAUGCAGAUUUCGUCGAAAGAUAGCUCCAUCCAAUCUGAUUGUGCCCACAGUCCAAGAAAUUUACGGUGGUGAAUUUUCUGCCCGUGAAUUCGAAUUUUCCCACAUCGAAAAUGACGAAACAGCAACUUUACAGAGGUCUCAGGUUCAAAAUACCUCUGUUCUUUCUCGGGCGCAAGACGAAGACAAUCGAUCUUGUUCAAACAGAAUACUGCAAGAGGAACAGUGGUUCGACUCUGUAAGCGUCCUCGAUUCCGAUACAGACGAAGACUUUAUCAGCAUCGGGGGAGAUGUUUACUCAUCCUUAGGCACUCCAACUGAGAGCUACUCAUCCCCUAAAAACCACUCCAGUCGAGUCGAUUUAAGUAAAACUCGAGAUAUUUUGAAACUUGAGGGAAUAAAAAAAGUAGACGAAUUAGGCUAUGCGCAUUCCGCUAGGAAAAGACAAGACAUUUAUUUUCCGAGCUCGAAAGCGAAUGAUAAACCGAGAGCUGGGGUCGUUAUAUCACGAUCAACAGCUGAGAAGCCAACUCCAGGCAGUUGGGAUAAAAAGAAAUAUCCUGCUGCUGAUUAUAGCCCUUAUGUACCUAUCGGUGUCGACUUAUUCGCCUGCCCUCGAAAGAUUAAUCACAUUGCAGAGCAUAUUGAGCUUCCAUGUGUAAAUUCACAUCAUCAAGUGCCUUCCCUUCUAAUUGUCAAUAUUCAGCUUCCUACUUAUCCGGCUUCAGUAUUUCUUGGAGAGAGUGAUGGGGAGGGGAUGAGCCUUGUAAUAUAUUUCAGAUUGUCUGAAGAUUUUGAUAAAGAAACUUGUCCAAGAUAUUUAGACUCCUUGAAGAGGUUCAUUGCGAACGAGAUGGAAAGCGUGAAAAGCUUUGCAAAGGAAACUGUUGUUCCUUACAGGGAGAGGCUAAAAAUCAUGGUCAAUCCCGUAAAUCCCGAAGACCUCGGUUUGAGCUCUGCAGAAAGAAAGCUUUUAAAUGCGUACAAAGAGAAGCCGGUGCUUUCGCGUCCCCAACAUGCUUUCUACAAGGCACAGUCCCCAGAUGAACUGCCCGAGAAAGUAUUGUGCUGUGUGCGGCUGAAUAACAUAGAUUUUGUGAAUUCGGGCCAAAUGCAGACACUUGUUGCACAAAAGCAUGAAUGA